CCCUAAAAUGCAAUUGCUGGAAGCAUGCGUUUGAUCUUUUUCUAUUGUGUUUGGAAUUAUGUGAAUGGGCUGCAGUUGCUGCUCGAAGAUCUUUCGUCGAGCACUUUUUAAUUCGAAUUGAGGUUUUAAUUCACGUCUCAUCUUGAACGUAAGACGCUCUUUUCUUAAGAUCAGUCUCGCCUCGAGUCUACAACUUGAUUGGAUUGUGCGUGUUUAUGUUAGUUGUUUGUAUUGUUUGAACUGUCAAAUCAAGAAGAGCACCGCUGUACAGCGCGCGCGCAUCACCGCUGCUCCAUGGAGACUUGAGUCGCGCGCACCGAGCUCAUUCACUGUGAAUUAAACCGAACUACAGCAAGUCAACAGCGAGUGUCCUCCGGAAUCCACACACCGUCUUUGUACAAAGUUGCGUGUCAUAUUUCACAGACCAUACAGGAGCUACCCAACAAAAUGAACCUCUGUUAACGUACAUUUGUCUGUCAGAGCAGAGGUUUAUUGAUCGUCAACUCUGUGACUGGUGGAGACAGUUACCACUACACUUCCACCAUGCUUCAUUUGCGCCUUCCGUCAACUCCUUGCCUUUUCUCUCUCCUCCUCCUGAUCUUCCUCUCGGGCCUCACUCAUCUCUCUCAGGCCAGUGGCGACACAUCCCACAGCAGCACAGGAAACUGUUCAGGGGAGGACAGCUGCUCUGAGGGCGUCGUCCUGCCGGUGUGGAACCCCCAGAACCCCUCAGUGGGCGACAAGGUGGCACGUGCCAUUGUCUACUUUGUGGCCCUCAUCUACAUGUUCUUAGGCAUGUCCAUCAUCGCAGACCGGUUCAUGUCAUCCAUCGAGGUGAUUACAUCUCAAGAGAAAGAGAUAACAAUCAAGAAACCCAACGGUGAGACCACCACAGCAACCGUGCGCAUCUGGAACGAGACCGUGUCCAACCUGACCCUCAUGGCUUUGGGAUCGUCGGCACCUGAGAUCCUGUUAUCCGUGAUUGAGGUCUGCGGACACAAGUUUGAGGCUGGUAACCUGGGCCCGAGCACAAUUGUGGGCAGCGCUGCCUUCAACAUGUUUAUCAUCAUCGCUAUCUGUGUUUACGUGGUCCCAGACGGUGAGGUGCGAAAAAUCAAGCACUUGAGGGUCUUCUUUGUGACGGCAGCCUGGAGCAUUUUCGCCUACAUUUGGCUGUACUUGAUCCUGUCUGUCUUCUCUCCUGGUGUGGUGGAAGUCUGGGAGGCCGUCCUUACGUUUCUCUUCUUUCCGAUCUGUGUGCUUCAAGCCUGGAUCGCAGACCGUCGCUUGCUCUUUUACAAAUACGUCCACAAGCGCUACCGCGCUGACAAGAACCGCGGCAUCAUCAUUGAGACGGAGGGUGACGGCAUGUUCAGCAAGAUGGAUAUGGAGAUGGACGGUCAAGGUGCCAAUUCCCACCACAAGGAGUCACUUGAUGGCAUGCUGGCUGGUGUGGAGGAAGGAGGUGGUGGAGGGGAGGAAGAGGAGGCCAGGAGGGAGAUGGCUCGUACGUUGAAGGAUCUCAAGCAGAGACACCCGGAGAAGGACAUGGAGCAGCUGAUCGAGAUGGCAAACUACCAAGUGCUGGUGCAACAGCAGAAGAGUCGAGCUUUCUAUCGCAUCCAGGCCACUCGCAUGAUGAUCGGAGCAGGGAACAUUCUGAAGAAGCAUGCUGCAGACCAGGCCAGGAAGGUGGUGAGCUGCCAUGAGGCUAAUCCCCAGGAAGAGGACCCUCACACCAUCUACCUGGAGUUUGAGCCCUCCCAUUAUCAAUGCUUUGAGAACUGCGGCUCCUUAAAGCUCUCCGUGACCCGACAUGGUGGAGACAGUGGCUGCACUGUUAAGGUUGACUAUCGCACAGAGGAUGGCACUGCUAACGCAGGAUCAGACUAUGAAUUCGCUGAGGGCACUCUGGUCUUUAAACCGGGUGAGACGGUGAAGGAGCUGACAGUCGGCGUGAUUGACGAUGACAUAUUCGAGGAAGAUGAGCAUUUCUACGUACAUCUCAGCAACCCUCGAGUAGUCCACCGUGCCGAGGUCUCCAUCCUUGACCCUAAUGCGGUGUCUCCAGGCAACAGCAUUACAGGGUCCAGCCACGUUCCUCCCAAAGCUGCCUUGGGUAAUGCGCACACUGGCACGGUGACCAUUUACGAUGAUGACCACGCGGGUAUCUUUACGUUCGAGAACAAUGCCACACGAGUGAGUGAAAGCGUGGGCAUCAUGCAGGUGAAGGUGCACAGAACAUCUGGAGCGAGGGGGAAGGUGGCAGUACCGUUCCACACUACAGAGGGUACCGCCAAAGCUGGAGAAGACUAUGAAGAGGUGGCUGGCAAACUGGAGUUCCUCAAUGAUGAGACCAUGAAGAUCCUGGAGGUGAAGGUCAUUGACGAUGAGGAGUAUGAGAAGAACAAAACCUUCACCAUCCACCUGGGGGAGCCGGUGCUGUUGGAGAUCGGGCAGAAACAUGGGGACUCUAAUGAUAACAAACCGGCGGUGGUGGCUGAGGAAGAGGAGGUGUCCAAGAUGGGGUGCCCGAGUCUGGGAGAGCACACCAAAAUGGAGGUGGUCAUAGAGGAAUCCUAUGAGUUUAAGAAUACCGUCGACAAGCUAAUAAAGAAGACUAACCUGGCGCUGGUGGUGGGCAGCAGUAGCUGGAGAGAACAGUUUGUCAGCGCUGUGACUGUCAGUGCAGGUGAUGAUGAUGAGGAGGAGAGCGGGGAGGAACGCUUGCCCUCAUGCUUUGAUUACAUCAUGCACUUCCUGACGGUUUUCUGGAAGGUUCUGUUUGCCUUCGUUCCUCCCACGGAGUACUGGAACGGCUGGGCCUGCUUCAUUGUCUCCAUCACGCUCAUUGGGGCCCUAACUGCUCUUACUGGAGAUCUGGCAUCUCACUUUGGUUGUACAGUUGGCCUGAAGGACUCAGUCACAGCUGUGGUGUUUGUGGCCCUGGGUACAUCUGUGCCUGACACAUUUGCCAGCAAGGUGGCAGCCAUCCAGGACCAAUACGCCGAUGCAUCCAUUGGAAAUGUGACGGGGAGUAAUGCAGUUAACGUCUUCCUGGGUAUCGGAGUGGCGUGGACCAUCGCUGCCGUGUACUGGAACAGUCAGGGCAAAAAAUUUAUGGUCCCGCCCGGGUCGCUGGCGUUCUCCGUCACCCUCUUCACCAUCAUGGCACUGCUAUGUGUUGUGACUCUACUGUACCGCCGCCGGCCCACUGUAUCUGGGGGCGAGCUGGGGGGCCCGCGAACCGCCAAGCUGCUCACCGUGUUCCUUUUCUUCGUGAUGUGGCUCAUCUACAUCAUGCUGUCCUCGCUGGAGGCUUACUGCCAUGUGCCUGGCUUCUGAGAAAGAUCAUAAGAAAGAUGUACUCCACUGUACAACCCCCCUCUUUCUUCCUCUCUGCUUUUGUGUAUAUGAGAAGUCUAAAAUUAGUGUUUACAUCUGUUCUUACUGGUAAUUAUCAUUGUUGAAAUUGAACUUGCAUCCUUUCGCUCACACUGAUGUGGAUAUCUGAUGAGUGUCAGGGAAGGAUGAUAGAGGCUGUGUGGUUUCAUGCACAGCUUCUCUUUAUAGAUGGAUUUCUCUUACAUGGUGUCUGCCACCACCUGGAUAUUCAGACAGCAACACUCUCCAGAAUACUCUCCAGAGAGCCCCCUCAGCGCUUUUCUUGCUUCAGUGCUGUUUUUUUUCCCAAGGAUGGUCCUUUACGCCUCACUUCGAUAUUCUC